ACGUCACUCAAUUGACUCAUUAUAAUUUUUUUGGGAAAUUACAUCCCAAUAAAAUAAAUAUAGUAAGGCUGACAUCAUUAGAUUACGUUUUUAUAAAUAUAUAUACAUACUUAAGUGUGUCGAUAGUUAUUUGUACUUAUUCACGCAGAUAAGUACUUAUGUUUAAAUCGUAGCUACCUUCAUAGUGGUUGGUUUAUUGAAGUGAUUAAUAACUUAGCUGUGAUUCAUAAAAUAACUCAAAUUCAUUUUAUAAUUACUGCGAUACAAUUCCCAAUAUAAAAUGCUAUUAUAGUUUUUAUCUUCCUCAUUUAUUAUUAUAUAUUAUAAAUAUAAAAUAUUAGCAAAGUAUACAAAGCAAAUUAUAUAUUAUUGUUAACGCUGUGUUAAUUGUCGGCAAUAAGUACUUGUGAAGGAAUAAAUACUAUAAAUUUAUCAAGAUGUGUGCAAAAAUGGCAUUCCAGCAUCAAGCUGGCACAGCUAUGGAGUGUUUAAGUAUACCGAUAACGCUUCAUAAAGAGACGGAAAUAGACGCACAUGGUGAGGAAGUUAUGAAGUGUGGAUUUAAAAUUGGCGGUGGAAUAGACCAGGAUUAUCGAAAAAGUCCUCAGGGCUAUACGGAUAAUGGUAUAUAUGUAACGGAAGUACACGAAGGUUCACCGGCCGCAAAAAGUGGUUUGAGAAUGCAUGAUAAAAUAUUACAGUGUAAUGGCUAUGACUUUACAAUGGUGACUCAUAAAAAAGCUGUGGGUUAUAUACGAAAACAUCCGAUACUUAAUUUAUUAGUUGCACGGAAAGGAGUCACCAGUACCUAAUUAAUUAAUUAAUUUUAAUACCAUACACUUAAGCUCUUUGUCCAGUUUUUAUACAUAAUUUGUAUCCUUACGGUCGACAUCAAAAGGAAGGAACAAAUUAAUUAUUAACUUUGAGAUUGUAUAGACGUAAUUUUAAAAUAAUCGUUAAUCGUUACCAAUUAAAAAUUCUAGCAACUCGAUUAACUUCCAGUUACAAUCAUCUCAUUCCAAAACUAAUCGUCUCAUUCCAUGCGUACUAUUAUACUUUUUUUAUUAUUAUUUUUUUGUUUUAAUCAUUUUAAAUAAUGUAAUAGAUAAAUAGUGAAUUACCAAAAUAACGAGCAAUUUAAAUAAGCGAUUUACUGCAAUUAAUUGCUCUGUCCAAUAUAAUAUACACAACCAAAUGUUAAUAUAAGAAUGUAUACAUUUUCUACAUAUCUAUCAAUA